AUGUCUAUUAAAACCGUUGCCAUCGCAGGAGGCUCAGGCUCACUGGGAGGCCCUAUCAUCAAAGAUCUCGUCUCAUCUGGAUUCGAAGUUACAGCGCUGAUCCGGCUUGAAUCCGCAAGCAAACCCACAUCUUUCCCUUCCGCCGUCAAGCAAGUGACCGUGGACUAUGAAUCCCAUGACAGCUUAGUUUCCGCUCUGCAAGGCAUUGACGCCGUGGUUUCACUUCUCAAUGGGCGUGGACUCGACUUCCAGCCUGCCAUUUUGGAUGCAUGUAUCGAGGCUGGCGUAUCCCGCUUCCUGCCUAGCGAGUUUGGCGCCAACACGGAUGUCCCGCGCACAGCCGGGAUCCCAAUUUUCCAGGGUAAAGUGGCAUUUCAAGAGUCGUUGAAGGAAAAGGUGGCCCAGCACCCAGGGCUAUCGUAUUCGUUAAUUUUUCACGGUCCACUUUUUGACUUCUGCCUGGCUGGAGGCUUGUUUUGCGAUAAUCAAAAUAAGCAUAUGGUCCUCUAUGACGGUGGAAACAACCGGUUCUCGACGACCUGUUUAUCUGACCUCGGAACGGUGGUCGUCGGCGUACUCACACACCCGGAAGAGACGAAGAAUCGGGUCAUUUGCGUGGAAGGUGCCAAUCUGACUCAAAGGGAGCUCCUGGCUAUUAUUGAAAAGGUUACGGGGACUAAAUGGACGACGGAAGAUGCGAAAAUUAUCGACCUGGAGAAGGCCAUGCAAGCCGAGCUUGCGCGGGAAGAGCCAAACCCAGCUGUCUUCAUUCCGGGAUUUUUGAAGGUUUAUAUCUAUGGCGGGCCAGCUUAUGGUCCAAAUCUGCGUGAGAGCGCGCCAACAAUCGAUAAUGAUAUCGUUGGCUUAAGGGCCUAUACGCAGGAGAAGUUGGAGGAGAAGAUCAAGGCUAUACUUGGUUAA